GAAAUGGAUGGAGGAAAUCAAUCUGUAGUGUCAGAAUUUGUGCUUCUUGGACUUGGUCACUCACAAAAUAUUCACAUUUUGCUCUUCGCAAUAUUCUUUCUGCUCUACCUGAUUAUUGUACCUGGAAAUAUCAUCAUCAUAACCUUAAUAAUCAUCGAUGGCCAUCUCCAUACACCUAUGUACUUCUUCUUGGCCAACUUGUCCUUUGUGGACAUGUGGCUUUCCUCCAACACCACUCCUAAGAUGCUUAUGGACUUUUUCAGGGAGAUCAAGACCAUUUCUUUUUCAGGCUGCAUGUCCCAGAUCUUCCUUUCCCAAUUUAUUGCAGCACUAGAGAUGGUGCUUCGGGUGGUAAUGGCCUAUGACCGCUACGUGGCCAUCUGCAAGCCACUCCACUACUUCACCAUUAUGAGCUUGCACAAGUGUAUUGGGUUGAUAAUGGCUGCCUGGGCCAUUGGCAUUGUGCAUGCCAUAAGUCAGCUUAUUGUGAUUGUGCCCCUGCCAUUUUGUGGUCCCCAGGAAAUAGACAGCUUCUUCUGUGAUAGACCAUUGGUAGUCAAGUUAGCCUGCAUGGAUCUCUAUAAGGUGGAAUUUUUCAUGAAUGUUAAUUGUGGGAUUGUGGCCAUAAUUCCUUUUAUCCUCUUGCUCACAUCCUACUCACAUAUUCUUCUUACUGUCUUCAAAAGCUCUAAAGCAGGUGCUUCCAAGGCUCUCUCUAUCUGCACAGCCCACAUCACAGUGGUGGUGCUAUUCUUUGGGCCCUGCAUCUUCCUCUAUGUGUGGCCUCUCAACAUCAUCUGGAUAGACAAGUUUCUUGCUGUGUUUUACUCUGUUUUCACACCUCUCCUAAAUCCAGCCAUUUAUACAUUGAGAAAUAAAGAGAUUAAAAAUGCUAUGGAAAGAUUUAAAAGGUACUGUGUGAAUCCCAAAGGAAAAACUUGA